AUGGACCUUAUGGGCAGCUCUGUCGCCUCAAGUUCCGCGGAAAAGGGCUCAGCCGAGGCGCUGCAAUCUGUCCUAGACCUCCUCCGAGCUCACAAUGUCACCGAGCUGGACACGGCACGUGUGUAUAACGGCGGACGCAGCGAAGAGGUACUGGGUGAGAUUCCAGAGGCACAGAAGAACUUCACCAUCGCGACGAAGGCUCCCGGAUUCGUGCCUGGACAUCUCACCUACGACAAGAUCAUGAAUGCAUGCGAUGCUUCCUUGACAGCAUUGAAGCAGGAGAAAAUCGAUCUUUUUUACUUUCAUGGCCCAGAUCGACAGACACCGCUCGAAGAUUCAUGUAAAGCUAUGAACGAUCUACACAAAGCUGGCAAGAUUGACAGGUUCGGAAUAUCCAACUUUACCAGAGAGGAAGUCGAGGAGAUCCAUGACAUCUGUCAGACAAAGGGUUGGAUCUUGCCAACAGUGUAUCAAGGCGGCUACAACCCGUUAUCUCGGUCCGCAGAGAAGGAGCUCUUCCCAACCCUGAGACAUCUCAACAUGGCGUUCUAUGCCUACUCUCCACUGGCUGGCGGAUACUUCAGCAGAACUGCCAGUGAGCUCCGUGAACCUCCUCCUGGAAGUCGAAUGGACAAGAUCAAGAUCUUCAAAUCUGUCUAUAUCAACGACACAUCUCUCAAGCUCCAGGAGAUUCUGACAAAGGCGUGUGAUGAGGCUGGUGUGAAGCUCAAGGAUGCGACCUUGAGGUGGUUGAUGCAUCAUUCUGCGCUAGCCAGCCAGGAUGCAGUCAUUUUGGGAGCCAGCAGCACGGAGCAAAUGGAGCAGAAUCUAAAGUCGUGCGAGGGCGAGCCUUUGCCAGAAAGUGUGGUGGCGGCGUUCGAGGAGCUGUUCGUCGAAUACUGCAAAGCUGGACUCACGCCAGCGUACUGUGUGUAG